AUGGAACCUAUUACCGUCUUUAUCUCUCAAAUGGGCCCCAACCCAUGGAAGGUGGUCCUUAUGCUGGAGGAAUUGCAACUUCCAUACAAGACUGAAUUCGUGGACUUCUCGGAGGUCAAGAAAGAGCCUUAUGUGAAUAUUAAUCCUAACGGUCGCCUUCCCGCGAUGCAAGACCCAAACACCGGCAUCCAGAUCUGGGAAUCGGGGGCGAUAGUCGAAUACAUCAUUGACACAUACGACAAGGAAAACCAAUUGAGCUACGAGACAUCUCUGGAGAAGUGGCAGCUUAGGCAGUGGUUGUUCUUCCAAGUUUCUGGCCAAGGGCCGUACUAUGGUCAAGCAUCCUGGUUCAUCCGAUGGCACCAUGAGAAAGUCCAAAGUGCAAUUGAUCGCUAUCGUGAUGAGGUAUAUCGCGUUACUGGCGUGCUUGAUAAAUAUCUCCAAACACGAGAGUGGCUUGUCGGCGACAAAUGCACUUACGCUGAUCUGUCAUUCAUCGCCUGGCAACGGAAUGUGCCAUGUCUUUGUGGGGAGCGUUUCUACGACAAAUUCCCCCAUGCAUACGCCUGGAUGAAGAGAAUGGAGGCGAGGCCUACCGUGCAAAAGGUGUACUCAAUGCAGGACAAGAUCAUGACCGAACAUGCGCUGAAUUAA